AUGCUGCCCUCAGUGACAGGGUCCUCCACCCGGCCCAUCUCGAUCCUCCUCAUCAACCCAAACUCAACACCCUCCAUGACCGAAGCUUGCCUCCGGAGCAUCUCAAGCACCCUCCCGCCGCACGUGACAGUCCACGGCUUCACGGCACCGCAGACAGCCCCAACCGCCAUCGAGGGCCGCGCUGACGCCGUCCUCUCCGCAGCAGACUGCUUCCGGGCACUGCACCCAAUCAUCACCGACCCGUCUCAGCCGCACUUCGACGCCUUCCUGGUGGCAUGUUUCUCCGCACAUCCCUUGGUCCCGAUGCUCCGGGAGGAGCUCACGCAGCCCUGCAUUGGGAUCAUGGAGGCGUCGCUGUAUGCAAGUAGGAUGUGCGGGGAAAGGCUAAGCGUUAUAACUACGGGGCAGAGGUCGCGGUUCUUGCACCAGGACUCUAUUAAUACGACCUACGGCCUGGGGAAUUUCUCCGUGGGUUGCGAGGCAGCGGAUAUUGCCGUGCUGGAAUUAGACUCGCGGCCCAAGGAGGAGGUCUACGCGGGCCUGGCCAGCGCGGCAAAGAGGCUGGUCGAGAGGGGGGCAGACUGCAUCUGUCUUGGAUGCGCAGGGAUGACGGAGAUGAGGGACGUCUGCCAAAAGGCCGUCGGCAUGGCCGAGAGGGAGGUCAUGGUUGUUGACGGCGUGGCUGUAGGAGUGCAUUUUCUGGCCGGGCUAGCGAGCGAAGGAUUGGGCACCGCCAAGGGCGGAUUGUAUCGCAGCUCUGCGGCCGGGCGGGAGAGGAGAGGGCAGAGUUGGAUUUAG